AUGAUUUGCACAAGGACCACCAAGGCUGUCGUCGCAGGGACACCCGCAAGCUUGCUGGCAAAGACCCUCUUGCCUGCAAUUGCAUCUUCAUCCAGAACCCGUCGCAUCCAUUCCUCAACUCCUCACCAUGCCACCGCCUCGGCUGCCGCUACUGCCGAGACCAGUGACAACAACAGCAGCAACAGCAAUAUACCCGACGAUAUCGACACCCCGCUCCCCAAGAGCAUCAACCAGAGCAAGAAACCUACCGAGGCAGCGUAUUUCAAUGAUCAAAAGAGACGCCUCUUGACAUCAAUGGACAUGCUCUAUCAGAUUCAGGAUGCACCUUCCGAGAAGCUGGACGCGACGCCAUUGGACGACCAAGAGGCUCAGUACUGGGCGCGCCGCAUGGACACGGCCAUGACCGACCUUGAGCUAGAGCGAACACGUCUUCGCGUCACAGUCAUUGGGGAGUCGAGCGGACAGGAUUCGAUCAUGGAUUUGCUUUUGCCCAGCGAGCAGAAUAUUCGUCGCUCUGCCAAGGAUACGGGAAAGGUUCACCGCGUUCGUUAUGGAAGCACGUAUAGUCUCCAGGAUAAUGGUCAGGAGAACAUUGAACAGGCACCCAUUAGUUGGCUCGAGGGACUCAGCGACAAUGACGGCGGCGAGAUUGUUGAAGUUCCAGGUCUGGAUUUGGAUGAUUUGACCAUGGACGACAUUGUCUACAGCAGUGACCUCAUCCUUCUCAGAACCGACGCCCAACGCCAACUGUCUCUGGAACGCGAGCAACACUUCUUGAACCGCUACCGCCACAAGUCUCACAUCCUAGUCGUCGCAGACAUGAACAGCGCAGACUCUUCCUACGAAACCUUGACCAUCUCCAACCUCAAGGCCAACCUCGCCCACGCCGUCAAGUCCUCGCCCCGCGGAUACAGCAACCUCAACCAGCAGGACUCAAGCAUCGUCAAGGUCCUUCGUAUCUCCAACCCUGAACCCAUCCCCGCCAUCAUCGGACUGACCCCACGCCACCAGUCAGAGACCCGGUACAUGGAGACUGUCGGCGCCCUUCAGAGACUGGUCGCCAGCACAUUGAUCUUGGAGGGACAGCAAGAUUAUCACCGUCGGGGGGCGCUGUUGACAAGGUGUCGCGACUUGAUGACCUCUGGAAUCGAGAACAUGGAGUCGAGACUUGAUGGAAGGCUAGAAACUUUUGCGCAGGUUGAUAAGCUCUCCGAAUUGGCGACGGAGGAGAUUAAGCGGAUUGAAUCUGUAGAGAAUGAAAGGAUGGUUGCCCAGGUCACGGAUGGGGAGGUGGAUAGGGAUGUCAGACAGAUGAGGAGGCUUCUGGACCAUUUCUUCAAGAAGGAGGUGCCCUUCUGGAUGCUCUUUGCGAGAAGUGGAGAAAUCUCCGAGCGCAUGCAUGAGCUCUGGACCGCUGGCGCCUUUGCCGAGACCGAGCACCGCAUGGCGUAUGCGUUGGGUAGGUUGCACCAGAGUUCACAGGAAGCCUUCCGGACGACCCUCAAAGCAAUCGACGCCCUCUCCACAAAACUAGAACAAACAAAACCUAUCGGCAGUACCUCGGUCCUUCAAGACCUCACCACCGCUCGCAAACUCCUCACCACCGCCCAAUCUGAUACCCAACACGAUAUCAAACACAACGACGCCUUUGUGGUCUCCAAUAUUAUUUGGAAACAUCGUUCUGCCUACGGGAACCCCUUGGACCAUUCCUUGCAGACAGGUCGUCCUGGAGCAUUGGAGCGGUUGCAGAAACGCGGGCAAGUUGCGUUGGCGCAGGGGUUGGGGUUGCAAGGAACUGCGGUUUUGACGGGUAUGGGGUUGGCGCAACAGUAUCCGCCAGAGGUUUAUUUGACUAGUGGGGGGUUGUUGGCGUUGGCUGGGUUAGGGUAUUUGCAGGUCCGGUGGAAGGCUGCAGAGAGUGAGUUUAAGGCGGAGGCCGAGUCGUUAGCUGAGCAGCUCAAGCAGGACAUUGUCAACACGUAUCAGGAGCAGGUGAACAAGACGAUUGUAAAGCCCCUGUCGGGAGUAGUUCAAACGCUGGACAGUAACCUGGGCGACCGCCUGACGCGGUCAUUGGAACAGCGCAAGGUUCUGACUGAAAUCAAGCGCGAUGCUCAAGGCGAAGACGAGAUCAAGUACUAG